UUAGCUACAAUUAACCUACAGAGAGCAUACGAUCUAAGCUGCAAAUAUAGCUUCAUCGCAUACACACUCAAUGGCUUCCAAGCAAGUUCUGCUCUUAGCAGCGGCGGCGGUCGUCGCCUCCCUAGCGGCGCAAGCCUCCGCAGAGGUCUACAUGGUCGGCGGCAGUGCUGGCUGGACCCUCAAGUACCCCUCCAGCUGGACCGACGGCAAGAACUUCACCACUGGCGACAGCCUAGUGUUCACCUACACCGCCGGACAGCACACGGUGGUGGAGGUAACCGGCGCGGGGUUCAAGGCCUGCAACAUGACGGGGAACGCGAUGCUGGGCUCCUGGAACUCCGGUAGCGACACUAUCAAGCUCGACACGGCAGGGAGGAGGUGGUUUAUUUGCGGCGUAGGCAGCCACUGCACCCAGGGCAUGAAGCUCCUCGUCGUCACCACUGGCGACAAUAAAACGUCGUCGGCCUCCCUGAACUAUAAUGUUGGUGCCGGGGCCGCCGCGCUGGUCGCCGGCGCCGCGGCCGCGCUCUUGUUCUAACUACGUUGAUCACCGACCGUUGCUGUUUACAGUACCUUUCGUCUGCUUUCAUUUAUCGUCAGCAGCAAUGCUAAGUUUUUGUGAACUUACUUUCCCGCUGCUAAGU